AACAGCCACGAAAAUGUUACAUCCUUUCUCUUUUCCUGUCUGAAAAGCUAAUCCAAUUAUUUUCUUUGUUUCCCUGAAGACGCAAAGAGGGGAUAAUAUGCAAUACCUUGUUGCAUCUGGUUCCUCUUCCUUUAUUGAGGGUUAUUCGUAUAGUCUCCUCCGCCACAGUUAUCCUCUCCCCAGAAUUCGCAAAUUGAGUUUGCUUAAGCCUCACUGUUCUCAGAGACAGCAGAGCCGAAGAAGCCUGAGAACUUCAUGGGCUUCAGUGUCACUUACACUUUUUGGCACUGGCUUCUUACUUGGUCCCCUUCUCGAUGGACUCCAUUCAAGGGUCAAUCUCGUUGUGUACGAAUCUGGCUCCAUUGAUAUUGGUCCACUCCACACAAACAUAUGGGUUCCUUUCUUGCUGGGGUUAUUUUAUUCCUCUGUUGGUUUGCUUCAACUCUACCUAGACGAAAAGGUCUUGAACAAGGUUCAAGAAGCAAGUUUAGCAAAAACAAUUGUCUCACUAAUAUUGUUGGCGCUGUUUAUAGAACUGAGUGCUGACCUCUACAAAGCCGGAAUAUCGAACAACAUUGAAGCCUACAUUUUAUUUGCUGCUGCAGAAUUUAUAUGGUUUUUCUUGGAUAGGACAUGGCCAGGUUUCACCUUGGCAUGCAUUGUUGGGCUUGGUUGCCCACUAGCUGAGGUUCCAAUUAUGAAGUUGUUCCACCUUUGGUACUAUCCUCAAGCGAAUAUUGAAAUAUUUGGCCAGGGACUAGUUACUUGGACACUCACUUGCUACUUCGUGUAUACGCCAUUCUUGAUCAAUUUGUCACGGUGGCUGAGAACAGUUUAUGCUCCUCAAACAGAGGACUCUGCCUAGAAAAUUAUGUACCUGUGCUGUCUAUUCCAUUAUGUAGUACUUAUAAAUAGCAUCAAUUUGCAGCCUUUGACAAACACAUUGUGGCAAGGCAUUGUAAUAAGGCAUUCUAGCUUAAAUAUAUGAUACUCGUGCAUAUUCACAAUGACUUAGCGACUUGAAUCAAUUCUCUAUUUUAAAUUUCCCAA